AUGUCGCUUCUAUCAGUUUUAAGCGCUUGUUUGACAGAUUGGCCUUCCCUUAUACUAGUAUUAUUGAUAAUUUAUAUAUCAAACUUCUACUAUAAAUAUUUUACACGUCCUAAUCCAUUACCAGGUCCCAUGCCAAUUCCUAUACUCGGGACGAUUCAUAUCAUUGGAAUGAAUCCUCUCACGUGGUACAAUAAAAAUAAGGGGAAAGCCGGUGCAAUCUGGGAAUUUUAUAUUGGUUCCGAACGACACAUAGUCGUCAAUCAUGUAAAACAUGCUGAGAAACUUUGUAAACCAAAUAAAAGUCUCUUUAAAAAACUUCCCUUUACUACAUUUGAAAGAACAGGACUUCAUAAUGGUGUAAUUUUUUGUACUGAUUAUGAUGCAUGGCAUAGAAGGAGAAAAUUAAUAAUCCGUGCAUUAAUGGCAACGAAAUUCUUACGAGGUAUCGUCCUUUGUGUUCAAAACCAAUUUAAAGCUUCUGAAGAAAGAUGGAGUUCGAAAAUAAAAGAUGGAAUUGAAUUUGAUUUUAGGGAAUGGAUAAGAUUUUUUGCAACUGAUCUUCAUACUCUUCAAACCACAAAACAACAUUCUUAUUGUGCAGCUUUAUUUGACACAAAUAAGAAAUUAGUUCAAACUGAAGAAAUCAAAAAAUCUUUAAAGUUUACUAACGGCAUACAUAAACAUUUUCUUUCACUUGGAUUUUUUGUUUUAGUCCCUCAAUUUGUAAUGGAUUAUGUACCAGACGCAGAUUUAUUAGAUCAUCUAUUGAUUGCUCAUACCCUAAAAGAUCCCGAUUCUGAAAAUGAUGAUAAUGUGACUCCAAUAACUGCUAAAGAAGUUACUGUUAUUACGUGGGACGUUCUUCUAGCUAGCACCGAUACGACCGGUAAUUCACUCAGUUUUUUAAUAUAUUACAUUGCGAAAAAUCCAAAUGUUCUUGCCAAGAUUCGCAAAGAGAUCAAUGAAGUCUUUGGUUCUGAUCCAAACGUUGAAUUCACUCUUGAAAAACUCGAUAAUUGUCAUUACAUUGAAGCUACGGUUAAAGAAACUUUGCGCAUUACUACGUUAGUUCCAUAUACUAUGAAAGUUUCUGAUGGUGUUCUAAAUAUUGCUGGAUAUAAUUGGCCAAGUGGAACUACAUUUUGGAUAGAUCAUCAAACUCUUUGUAAUGAUCCUGAUUAUUGGGAAGAUAAUGAAACUUUUAAUCCUGAUAGAUUUUUAAGUAAACAUCAUGGUGGCUCGUCUGAACUUUCGGAAUUUCAAAAGAUUUCUUAUACUCCAUUCGGUUGUGGUCUUAGAUCUUGUGCUGGAAAAUUAGCGGCUAUGAAUGUAUUGAAAUCUUUAGUUGUUCUAUUUUAUAGAAAGUAUAACAUAGAAUUAAAGGAUGAAAAGAUAAAAUAUUAUUAUAAUUUGUUAACUCAGGUUUAUGAUAUGAAAGUUAAGAUUAGCUUAAGAGAUGAUUCUUUAUAA